ACUACUCCAACUACCACAACAACUACUCCAACUACCACAACAACUACUCCAACUACCACAACAACUACUCCAACUACCACUACCACAACCCAAACUACCACAACAACUACUCCAACUACCACUACCACAACUCCAACUACCACAACAACCACUCCAACUACAGUAACUACUCCGACUACCACUACCCCAACUACCACUACCACAACUCCAACUACCACAACAACUACUCCAACUACCACAACAACUACCACCCCAACUACCACUACCACAACUACAGCUACAACAACUACUCCAACUACCACUACUCCAACUACCACAACAACUACUCCAACUACCACUACCACAACCACAACUACCACAACUCCAACUACCACAACAACUACUCCAACUACAACAACUACUCCAACUAUCAGUACCACUACCACAACCCCAACUACCACUACAACUACUCCAACUACCACU